AUGGUCAAACACAUUGACUGCGUAUGCAAGCACUUCUAUGGCGGUAAAAUCCACAACGUCUCCGAGAGGACCUUUCGACAUCAUCUUCAGCUAGCAAAGACGCCCCAGGAACGAGCUUACAUUCGUGCAGGCAGCAAAGGAGAUGCUAACCUCCUCCGGAAGAUCUUUGCUGACCUGGGCUUUGAGGAAACCACUCAGAACGCGGCUGGCGCUAGCUCUUCUCGUGUGGGACACUCUGAUCCCAACCCGGUGGCAGGUCCUUCUGGCCUUCUAGGCAAGCGUACACGACCUACGUCUUCUGAUGACGAGGGAAACCGGUCUAGCUCACCCAAACGUGCUAGGCUCAGUGACAAUGACGAGGACGAAGACGAACUUGGCAAUGAUCAGCAUCAUGAUGAGCAGGUACGAGAGAACACUCCACGUCCGUCAGAACAAGAGGAAGAAGAGGAGGAAGAGGAGGUUGAGCUCCAGCAGAGACGUACAUUUCCCGUGAUAGACAUUGACGAGCUAUCUCGGCUGUCGAAGAACCACAAAGCUCGGAACUCAUGCAGCUAUAUACACCGAAUACGUGAUGCAAGUCUUGAUGAUCCCGUGGCAAAGUUAUCAGCCGAGGUUCGCGAUCGACUCAGAAACCCACCGCACGAACCAGCACCUGCUCUGAGUCCACUGGAAAAGCACAGUAUACGCACGUUCUUUGCCCUCGAACAUUCAUCUCGCGCAGCCUUUGAGGCGGUCCGCUCCUCCGAAAUUUUGACAUGGGGCGAUAGUGCCAAGGACCUUCUUCACUACGACGGCGUCGAGAAGCUCAUGGCCAAGCUGACUGGUAUCUACUCGAUUAAGCACGAUAUGUGCUGGGACACCUGUCUCGCAUUCACAGGUCCAUUCGAAAACGACAUGCGCUGCGCUCAAUGCGGGAGGCAUCGAUACGAUCAGCGAAUACUUAGGAAAACGGGUCAGCGUGUCUCUCGACAAUUCCAUACGAUUCCGCUAGGUCCUCUGCUCCAGGUGCUUUAUGGGGACUCUAAAAGCGCUGAAGACCUCAACUAUUGUGUGCGACGGACUCAGCAGAUCAUCAAAGAAGCUCUGGCAAACGGCCGUAUCCCUGUCUAUGAUGACUUUGUCUCUGGCUCAGAUUAUCUCGAGGCUGUUCGGAAUGGUGAUAUCACUGACAAUGACAUCGUUGUCAUGAUCUCUCUCGAUGGUGCUCAGCUCUAUUCUUCUCGGGAAUCUGACUGCUGGCUGUAUGUGUGGGUUAUUCUCGAGUACUCACCAGACAAACGGUACAAGAAGCAGUACGUCUUUCCUGGCGGAUUUAUCCCGGGGCCUAAGAAACCGAAGAAUGUUGACUCGUUCUUGUUCCCGGGAUACCACCAUUACCUUGCGCGGAUCUACCACUAUCUGGCAACGGCAGACGGGCCCGGACUUGUUUAUUUCAACGGGAUGUGUGGCCACUGCGGGAAGAAUGGCUGCCGCCUGUACUGUGGUGUUCGUGGGCGACGCAAGGCUCGUGGGACACAUUAUUAUCCUGCUCUGAUCAAGCCACGCAGGCCUAGCAGCUACAGCGUUGCCGGGUGCGAUCAUGACGACAUAUCUGUACACCGCAUCCCUCCCACAGCAUCAGCUGACUACUACGAGAAUCUCAAGAUCAUCGUACAGGCUAGAUCCGAAACGGCUUACGAAGAUGCUCGUCAAGACACUGGCUUAACAAAGCCAAGUAUCCUGCUAGGUCUUCAGCCUAGAUACACGCUCCAAGUACCUCGGUGCCUCGCUCCCGACCAGAUGCACUUGGCCGGCCUUCUUGCAACCUUGCACAUUGAUCUCUGGCGAGGCAAUAUGGAGCAUUCACUCCACGACGAUCCCACUACCUGGGAUUUUGCGGUCUUGAUGGAUGACGCAAUCUGGGCUGCUCACGGCGAGGAUGUUGAGGCUGCAGGCUUCCACCUGCCGGAGAAGUUUGAUCAUAGGCCGCGAAAUAUCCAGCAGUACAGCAAUUCUGGGUACCGAACCUGCGAGUACCAGAUCUGGUUCUUUUGUCUCUGUGUCGGUCUGCUCCUUGGUGUGCUUCCUACUGAGUAUUGGGCUCACUUCUGCAAGCUGGUUCGUGGCUUUCAAAUUCUCAGUCAGCACUCGAUCACGCCGGAUGAACUGAUUGAGGCGCAUCGUUGUCUCACGUCAUGGUACGAAGGCUACGAGAAGCUCUACUAUGCCAAACGUGAAGAUCGACUGCAUUUCGUCCGACACAGCAUUCAUCAAGUCUUACAUCUAGUCGACGAGACGAUUAGCAAAGGUCCGCCCAUAUGCUACGCCCAGUGGACGAUGGAACGAACGAUAGGCAACCUUGGACAAGAAAUCCGGCAACCCUCGCAGAUGUACGAGAAUCUGUCUCGCAUUGGCAUUCGUCGCUGUACCAAGAAUGCUAUCAUGAGUCUCAUGCCCGAUCUCGAUCCACCAAAACCACCCUCUGGGCUUGCCAAGGAUGUCGGACAUGGAUACUUUCUCUUACAUGCCCGCGACCGUUACGAGGUUGCUCCUGUGGAUUCGGCACGAGUUGCGCUUAUAGCUAACAUGGGAUGCGAGCCUCACAAGAUUCGACGUUGGGCUCGACUCCAGCUUCCUGAUGGUACAGUAACACGAUGUGCCUGGCGCGAGAAUGUUGCACGUCGAGCUAAUGUUCGCAUUGCUCGUAACGUCAAGUAUGAAUCAGACGGCACGACAUGCAUUGGCGAGGUGAUGUACUAUACACAAGUUCGCCUACCUCUCAAUCACCCAACCGCGCCUGACGAAAUCAGGUCCAUUGCAAUCGUCUGGAGAUACUCAGAUCCUGAUCCCGAUCUGAUGAAAUUAUCUGAACGCGCAUGUUGGACAAGCAGACAUCUGGGAGAUGAAUCUGCCACUGUUAUUGACGUCACCCAGAUCACGCAUCUUGUGGGCAUGGUGCCUCAUUUCCCUGUUAUUCCGAGCACAGGUGAACCAGAGGAACAGUUUUUCCUGUGUUUAAAGCCGGGAUUUGAUGUAGCUACUUUUACACGCCAAGGAGAUGAGCUUGAGGCAGACGAAGAGGAGGUGGAAGAGUAA